AUGAGUGAAUUGGACAUUUCCAACAGAAAAGCAUUUAUAAUAAUAAUAAAUAUUGAGACAUUUGUUACAUAAUAGAGUUUUCAUAUAAGUCUCCACUCAUUUAUAUUGAAAUAACAAAUAGCUUCCCCACUAUAUUAUUAAGAACUUAAAAUAUCUUUAGCAAAUGAAAUCGAAUUUUUUCAAAUCUGUUCAUUUCUAAAUAAUAUCUAUUAUAUCGCUGCCUACAGUGAUCACUAUCAUAAUAUGCAUUGUAGGAAUAUUUUUUACACUAAAUAAAGGACUAGAUAUAGUUUCUUAAUACGCAGAUUACAUAUAUUAGCAGCAAAUUGA